AUGGCAACUAUGGACCGACGUCUACUGAAAGCAGCCACAUCCGGCGACGCUGCAUCACUGAAACAACUGGCAUCUCAUGACCCGGGCGUGCUGCUUGGGACAACUCCACCGGGCAACACCUGCCUCCACAUCUCGUCCAUCCAGGGCCACGAGGAACUCUGCGAGAGCAUCCUGGCGCUGGACCAAUCCCCGGCGCUCCUCUCCGCCGUCAACAAGGACGGCGAGACACCGCUGCUGGCCGCCGUGGCAAGGGGCCGUGCGUCUCUUGCCUCUGCUCUGCUCAUGCGCUGCCGUGAGCGGCAGCUGAGCGAUGCGAUCCUGAGGCAAGACAGGCACGGGUGCAACGCGCUGCACCACGCCGUCCGCAGGGGACACACGAAGCUGGCGCUCGAGCUGGUCGAAGUGGAGCCUGUCUUGUUGAGAGCCGUCAACGGGCGUAGCGAGUCACCUCUGUUCAUCGCGGCGAUGAGAAACUUCACGGAGGUGGCGGAUAGACUGCUGGAGGUUCCUGAUUCGGCUCACUCUGGAGCUUUCGGCUUCAAUGUUCUCCAUGCUGCUGUCAGAAGUGGAAAUCUAGCUAUCGCUAAAAAGGUUAUGGAGACACGUCCGUGGCUAGCCACAGAGGAGAACGAGAAUAGGCACACUCCAGUGCACCUGGCUGCAUAUGACGGCGAGAUUAACGCGCUAGCAGUAUUGCUGGAGCAUGAUCCGUCUUUGGGGUACCUAACCUCCACAGACGGUGACACUCUUCUCUGUAUCGCAGCAUCUCAGGGCCAUGUCGGUGUUGCUCGAGAGUUUCUUGAACACUGUCCAGAUGCUCCCAACUGCGAUGCAAGCGGCUCGACAUGUCUUCACAUUGCCGUGUUGUGUGGACAUACAGAGUUUGUGAAAUCUAUCCUGGGGUUACAGCAGCUUGGCCCCCUGAUUAACAUGCUAAAUGGAAGCGGAGAAACUGCUCUGCAUCUCGCUGUCAGAAACUGCAAGCCGGACAUGGUUGCUGCUUUACAGCUUCACCAGGACAUAGACGUAACGGUGCUUAACAGCGCCGGUGACCCGGCAAGCCGGGUGUUGCCUGAUGCCGCCAAUCACACAAAGGCUUUAAUCUCGGUACGUUUUUUUUUUCUCUCACCGUAA